GGGGAAUCGUUGGCCGUAUACCGCGGUUCGGGGCCACCGCUCGGCUCAGGUCUUCACCGGUAUGUGUUUCUGGUGUACAAACAGCUGAAACCGAUUGUUCACUCGGAGACAAUACUGCCGACACCGGGUCGGGAGGGGAGGACCGGAUUCAAAGUGCGUGACUUCGCCCAAAAGUACAAGUUGGGCGAACCCAUUGCCGCCAACUUCUUUGUCGCCCAAUACGACGAUUACGUCGGACUCAGGAAUGCGAGGGCUAAGAGUGGGGCCAAACCCACUGUCAUCCCAACCACCAGAGCGGCACCAAUAGAAACAACACCAAUAACAACGACAACAACACCACCGCCUGAACCAGUGAUUGAGCAACAGAUGGAGAUUGAAGAGGAAGUGAUGACCGAUAGUCCGCCGCCAACAGAGCGGCCGACGCGGACCAGAACCCGGUCACCGAUGAAGGGUAACAGACGGUCACAGCUGCGGGACUGGACCUGGACGGGCAGGGAUUGGGCGCGCAAAGUGGCCAAAAAACCCAAGUUCCCACAAAUGAUCUGCAUGAAUUACGAUACUUAUAAAUCUAUACAAAGUGUCCUUGCAUCUAUUAACAGCUCAUUUAAAUCAAUUAUGGACAAACAUAAUGUGGUUCCCGGUGUUAUCGAUACGGUUCCCAAAAAUAUAAUUAAGAUUCACUAUUCGAGUGGUGUUAACGUAAAUGUGGGCAAUGAGUUGACGCCACUGUCCGUCAAAGACGAGCCAACAGUCCAGUGGCGCAUUUCAGACCCGGACGCCGGAGCGCGGGCUGAGAUUAAACACUGGCUUGUGGUCAAUAUACCGGGCAAUGAUCUGUCAGCGGGUGAAACGUUGGCCGAAUACAGGGGAUCGGCGCCACCGGCUGCCGGUGCGCCCCAUAGAUAUAUAUUCCUGGUAUACAAACAACCCUCGGGUCGACUCAACCACUCGGAG